CCGACUGGUACCCAGCUGAACUGAAGAAGCGAAGAAAACAAAACAGUGCAAUUCCUUCUUCGGUACGACUCACUUCGCUAGCGACUUGUAAUUUUCUGAAUCGACAAUGGUACGCAGUUUGACUCAGUGGACGAAAACCCUGAGUUUCCCUACGAGGCUUUCGCCAAAUAAUAAAAGUGCAAAGGAAGUAAGCCCUACAGUGACUCCGUCUCUCAGCAACAAUUCAUUGACCGCGAGUACUGUUAACAAUAACAAAGAAAACAACAAUACGAUGAACAAUAAUAAUAAUUGUAGUUCUAUGACCGAAAUUAAUCAAAUAUAUUCUGAUUUCGAAUCAGAAAAAACGAUUAUGAGCUCAGUAGUCUACUGCAUUCAUCACAAGGAAGGCUGCAAAUGGUCAGACGAAUUAAGGAAAUUAAAGGGUCACUUGAAUACCUGUAAACACGACACUCUACCAUGCACAAGCAACUGCGGCGCCCAAAUACCAAAGGUACUGAUGGAAGAUCAUCUUCUUUACACGUGUCCGCAACGAAGAACGAGAUGCGAAUUUUGUAGCAAAGAAUUCACUGGUCAUACUCUAGAGGACCACGUGGGAAAUUGCGGCUACGAACCACUUUACUGUGAAAACAAAUGCGGGGUCAAAAUUCAGAAACGACACUUGAGCCAACAUAAAAAUUCCGAUUGUUCGAAACGGUUACUACCGUGCAGAUACUGUAGCAAAGAAUUUGUAGCUGAUACUUUAGCUAUUCACCAUGUUAAAUGCCCAAGGGUUCCUAUUAAUUGUCCCAAUCGUUGCGAUGUAAACUUUCUAUCACGUGAAAAUUUAGAAAGUCAUCUCAAAGAAGAAUGUACGAUUUCAGGAUGUUUCUUCAAAGAAGCUGGAUGCAGAUUUAAAGGUUCGAAAUACGUACUGGAUAAGCAUUUAGAGGAAAAUUGCCAGCAACAUUUGCAAUUGAUUUGCGAUGUGGUUAAUAAACAGCAAAAUCAAAUAACUUCGCUCAAAAGUUCAAUUAGCAGGCUGUCUUUGAACUAUUCCGGCACGCUUAUUUGGAAAAUCAGCGAUUUUUCUUCAAAAAUUGCUGAAGCUAAAACCAAAGAAGGAAUGGAGUUGGUGUCGCCUCCAUUUUAUACUAGUCAGUAUGGAUAUAAACUGCAGGCUUCGCUGUUUCCAUAUGGCAACGGAACCGGAGAAAAAACUCACAUAUCGGUUUACAUCAAAAUCCUGCCUGGUGAAUAUGACGCUCUAUUACGUUGGCCAUUCGCCCAUUCCGUUUCGUUCACGCUUUUCGAUCAGACAACUUGUCCAGAUCAAGCAUGCAACAUUAUCGAAAGCUUCAUUCCGGAUCCGACAUGGAAGAACUUCCAGAGACCCAGCAGAGAACCGGAUUCAUUAGGAUUUGGCUUUCCAAAGUUUGUCUCGCAUGAAAUGCUGAAGAAAAGAUAUUUUAUGAGGGAGGACGUCAUGUUUAUUAGGGUUAAAGUUGAUCCUAGCAAAAUUGUGGCUGUUUAAAGGUUCUCGAUUACGAAGGAAUUGUAUAUUUUGUAAAAUGUGUAAAAAUGUACAAAGAGCAUGGAUUUGUGUAUAAAAUCUGUAUUGAUUAAGUAGGUAGCCAUUGUAUGGCAUUUUAGUUAAGUUCUAGCUAUGUUAAACUUUUACAUUUAAAUGAUUGAAAUAAACAAUAAAAAUGUGCGAUUUAA